AUGUCGCUAUAUGAAUAUAAGCAUCCGAUUAUAAAUAAGGACUUAGCAUCAACAGAUGAGCGAAAGUCUUUCCCAACUUUAGAAUCUUGGUACGAUGUUGUCAAUGACUAUGAGUUCCAAGCAAGGUGUCCAAUAAUAUUGAAGAAUUCGCAUAGAAGCAAACACUUUACUUUUGCUUGUCAUCUGAAAUCAUGUCCUUUUAAAGUUUUGUUAUCUUAUAGUGGUGGUUCAGGUUCACAAGCAUCUCAUGGUGAUACUGGAGGGCCGAUAUCACCAAACGGUGGUUCUAUGGAACGCGAUAAGGAUGUGAGUGAAACAGGGGUUGAGGAUGAAAAGAAGGUAAAUGUUGAAGACGAUGUUAGUGCAGCUAUUGCGGCAGCAGUGGCAGCAGUUGCAAAUACAGGAUCUCAGCAUAAUGAAAACAGCAUGAAAGGUCCGUUUACGGUUACGAAGAUCGAACCGUAUCACAAUCAUCCACUGGAAACUAAUUUAAGCUUAUUCAAGUUUGUUCUGACGAAAAUUCCUAAGAUAUUACAGAAUGAUCUGAAAUUCGAUUCCAUUUUAGAAACUUUAUGCAACGAGGAUGAUAAUACUGUUGCUAAGUUCAGGGUCUCACAAUAUGUGGACGAAUCUGGUAUUCUAGAGAUAAUUAAAGAACGUUAUGGCUUGACGGACCAGGAGCUGGACAAAAAGCUGCUGGCGCAAAUUGCUAGGCGGAUAACAACAUACAAGGCGCGCUUUGUGCUAAAACGAAAGAAACAAGGCCCAUAUGCUAUGUCAUCAUCUCAUGAUAUGACAGGUAACGAUGAAGAUGAUGUAGAUGUACAGGUACCGGAACAUGUACGCCAUCAUGUACAUCAUCACGUACAUGCUAAUGUAGAUGCAGCAGCAGUUGCAGCAGCAGCAGCUAUGUCUGUGGACGGUGGUAAACAUGGAUUGGAUGCCAUGGAUGAGCAACCCAAGAAGAAGAUGAGGUCGAAUAAGAUUUCUAAUGCAGUUAAAAUGGGUACUCGGGGAUCGUUGGUGGCAGACCACCAUCAACAAGAUACUGUAAACGGGGAUGUUGCUGAUCAGGACGUUGAUAUUGACUCAGAUAUGCAUCACCAUCACCAUCAUCACCAUCAGCACAAGGAAAUGUCGCCACAUGAUGAAAUGGCAGAGCAAUUAAGAUUACUCUCAUCGCAUUUAAAAGAGGUCGAAGCUCAAGAACAUGGCAACGUCGAUGUUGAUCCUGAAAUAAAAAAGGAUGAUGAUAUUGCCGACGAAAAUAUCCAACCGGAAUUGAGAGGACAGUAA